ACCCACCCCCUACACACAAACCGCAAAGCCACCGGCCGUCUCCGAUCUCCCUCCUCCGAUCUCUCCCUCCGCCUUCUCGUUCGCUUCUUUCUUGAAGAAGAGACAAUGGGCGUCUUCACCUUCGUCUGCAGGAGCUCCGGCGGCGAGUGGACGGCGAAGCAGGUCUCCGGCGACCUCGAGGCCUCCGCGGCCUCCCCUUUCGAGCUCCAGCGGAAGCUCGUCCAGUCCGCCGUCGCCUCCGACUCCUCCGGCGGCGUCCAGUCCUCUUUCUCGCUCGUAACCCCUUCCUCCGCCGUCUUCCAGGUGAUCAUUGGAGGCGGUGGUGGCGGUGGUUUCAUCGGAGGAGGUGCAGCUGCUGCAGCCCCUGCAGGUGGUGCAGCACCAGCUGCUGAAGCACCUCCAGCAGAGGAGAAGAAGGAAGAGAAAGAAGAGAGUGACGACGACAUGGGAUUCUCUCUAUUUGAUUAGGGCAGUUUAUUUGUGCUUCCAUCUUUACAUUAGUGAAUGCUUCUUUUUCAUGUCUUGCUGGAAACCCCCAUGUCGACCAUAUCCUAAAUAGCACGAGAAUUUUGUUUGGAUCUCCAAAUUUCUAUAUUUUUGUCCUCUUUGGUUAGAACGUUGGAUCGCUGUGAACAUUUUGGCAAUGUGAGUCAUAUUUAAUAGUA